UUUUCUCCUCCAUCUCAUCCGGCACUACUUCGACAUUCUUCCUUAAUUCAAGUCCACAUUCUAAAAGAGUCGUAACCCAGAUCAAAUGGCGACCUCUUCAGCUAUCCAAUCCAUCUUCGCUAACCGUGGCCCUGUGACUCAACUGAGCUACAGAUCUACCCUACAACGCCAGCAAAGGAAGGUCAGCUUCCCAGUACGGUGUAUGGCUGAGGAAAGCCAGCAGGAGCAACCACCAGUAUCAUCAACUUCGCCUACAACCCCUCCUACUCCUCAAUCUAUCCCCACACCACCACCUCCUCGUACGCCAAAGGUUAGCACCAAGUUUGGGGAUGUGUUGGCAUUCAGUGGGCCAGCUCCGGAGAGAAUCAACGGUAGGCUAGCGAUGGUGGGGUUCGUGGCGGCUUUGGGAGCUGAGUUGGCGAAAGGAGACGAUGUGAUAGGGCAAUUGAUGAACGGUGGCCUACCCUGGUUCUUGGGGACUACUGUGGUGUUUACCUUGGCGUCGUUGAUUCCACUUUUUAAGGGGGUGAGUGUACAGUCGAAGUCGAACGGGUUCAUGACUUCGGAUGCCGAGCUGUGGAAUGGGAGGUUUGCGAUGAUAGGAUUGGUGGCGUUGGUCUUCACCGAGUAUGUUAAGGGCGGAGCACUUGUGUAGAAGAGAAGAGAAUGAACAAAUGUAGUAAACAAAUCAUCAUGUAAUGAUGUAAUGAUACACAGUAAAUGUGUUUAUUCUUCUUAUUAUGAACAUGGCCUGUGUUGCUUCA